AUGGAUUACUCACUUACCUUCGCUUUUACUGACAGGAAUGAAGACCUGUACGCUCCAGGGCAGUUUAUUACUGACCCUAUUACUGACUUUACUACUUCUGAGUUCGACCUGGAUGAAUUCUUAGCUAUGAUGGAAGAAAUAACAGAUCUCGAAUUCCAGCAUUCAGAAGUACCCAAUACCGUACUCAACAGUUUCAGUUCCGUGGAAUCUGAAGCCAUGGAGCUUGACAAUGAGCUCAGUCUUAGUUUGUUAGUUCCCCAUUUGGUUAACCAGGAAGGGGAAAAUGUGGCUACUUUUGGACAAACUUUAAGACAAGUCUUUAACAAUCAAAGCGUGACUGCAAACUCUUACGGUCACGUUUCUGAAAUUUACGCUAAUGGUCAUUUAGUUGAGCAAGAUGUGCAGGUCGGAUCAUCUCAACAAAAUGCUCAAUUUGCAACUAAUUCAUUUAACCAGAGUGAGCCUGAGUCCUCAUUUGAUUCUGAAGAGGAACCAAGUGUUCUUUUUGGAGGUUCAAACAGUUCUAACAAUACGUUACCUAGUUUGGACCCUGAAUUAGUUACAGCCUACGAGUUGUAUGAACCUUCAGGCUUUGAAAAGAUUUCAAUGAGAUUGGCAUCUGAUGCAGACCUAUUUGCGAAUAUUGAUGAAGCCAUCAAAGAUUUCAUGAGCUUGAAGCAGUCAGAAGAAUCUUCAGAACAAAGAGUUAUUCCUCAGACUCUUCAAGUGUCUACCAAUCUUCAAGUCCCACACAACAGUCCGGUUGUGGAAGCCAGCACUACAAGUACGAAUGUUAUUCCUUCUAUCACCAGGGAACAACCAAGUUUGAGGCGAAACUCGAAAGCUUCUUUAUCAAACAGAGCUAGGAUUCCUUCCGUUUUUGACUUCACCAAGCAAGAAGUCGUAGAACAGAUUCUUUCUCAUGUUGAUGAUAGGAUGAACUAUUAUAAGAAGAAAUCGGGUGCUUCCAAACCAGGAAGUUAUAAGGGUGAUUAUGCGAAGAUCGAAGAUUCUCGAUUCACCCCAGUCACUAAUUUAUAUGAAACAAAAAUCGCUCUUCCACAUAACACAUGCCAUGUGUUGGGACAUCCAAAACACUUAGGUAUAGAUGGGGGAAAGGCUACCGUGACUAGAACUCGGUAUAUUAGAGGCACUUCGUUUAAUGGAUUUUUUGACCAUCCAGACCUUGAGUUGAAACGCUAUGAGGGUAGUGGUGAUUUGAUCUACGAACCUGAAUACUACCGGGUCCAGAUGAUCAAUGUUUGUAGGAAUGACGGGAGUCUGCACAGGGUUCCAAUCAACCAAACACGUUCUGGUUUGUGUCCUUAUUGUGAAGAUAUCAAAUUCUAUGAAUUGAGAAAUUCUUCUUAUGGACAACAUUUGGCAUUUCAUCACGGUAUUGGAACCGAUUCUUUUUUAACUCCAAACCCAUUUGAAACCAAAGUUGAACCCAAAACUUGUGGUAAGGUUGUUGCCUGUCCUGUUUGUUUUCAAGCUAUAUCUGUUGAGAAAUCUUCCACAACGGCUCUGGUUCAACCACUUUACACGUACUUGAGACACUUCAAAGAUUUCCACAGGAAGGGGGUGAACCACAAAGUCAACAAUAAAGUGUAUUCGACUGUUCCUUCCUUCAAGGGGAUGUAUCUUGAUGGUAUCAGUCCUUGAAUCUGUUCUCCAUUAUUUGAGAAUUUUGGUGUGUUAUAUGAAUUGUUUCAUGUCAACCCAGAAAAUAGUAUAAACAAAUAAAAACUAUAAAACAUAUAAAAUAUACAUAAAAACCAACGGAUACAGUAGGUACAUUUACCUUUUGACUCUCUGAAUUUGUUUACCAAAAAAAUGUUUUGUUGAUGAUGUUGCAUUCU